CGAAUUAGGAAGGAUUCAAUGGUCACCAUAACCGUUCCGAGAAACCUCACUCGUCUGAUCUUUCUUUUUUCUUUUUUUUCGGUUUUUGUGGUGCGUGUGUUUGUCUAUCUAUCUACCUAUCGUAUGUUCCUAUUUUUAAAGUCUUUUGUUUUUUUUACCCCCCACCCCUGGCUCUUGCUCUCUCGCUCUCAAUCCCUAGCCAUUAUCCAAUCCAAUUACACCACCGAUACACAGUCCUUUCUCUCUAUCCCUCUCUCUCGUUUCUUUCCCCGUUUGUUGUCUGUUCUUGAACCUUCACGGCGGCUUGUUCUUGAUUAGUUAGGUUUCUUCGAGUCUUUCAAAGUUAGCAUAUGAAGGGAAGGUGAUCUUGCACUAUCAUCAGUAUGUUGCUAUAAUCUUCUGCUGAGGAUUUAUUGACAUCUCAUGCCAAUGGUAGCUGAUCAUCGAAGAAAACGGCUUAAUGGUGUCAGCAUUGCAGGUUGCAGUUCUUGGGAGCAAUAUAAAACCAAAAAGAAAAAAUUGGAAUCACCAAAAAAUGAGUUAAAUACAAAGUCUCACAUUUCUCUCGAGUGGGAUGGCAACAAGAGAAGGGUUGUUGCCAAAAGGGAACAAAUUGGUUUAAGGCAGAAAGAUUUGAGGGAAUUUGUUGAUCCUUCUCCUCAGUGUCAUAGCUUCUUAGCAGAUGUUCUUGCUAUUCCUCAAGAAAUUUUUGAGGUGGAUAAUUUAACAGAGAUUCUUUCAUAUGAGGUUUGGAAGACUCAUUUAUCAGAGAGUGAGAGAAAAUAUCUUAUGCAGUUUCUACCAAGAGGAUCAGAUGGAGACAAAGUUGUGCAAGCAUUGCUUACGGGGGACAACUUUCAUUUUGGAAAUCCUUAUCUCAAAUGGGGUGCUUCAGUUUGUUCAGGAAAACUUCACCCUGAUGCUGUUGUCCAUCAGGAACAGUGUAUAAAGGCAGAUAAGAAAGCAUACUACUCUGAGAUACAGAAUUACCAUAAUGAGUAUGCCAGACAUAACAUGAUAAGAUAUUUGCAGAAGCUGAAGGAGACCUGGGAAAGCAGCAAGGAUCCUGAAAAGGAAGUUUUGCAGAAGUUAUGGAGGUCAAGAAGGGAUGUGGAUAAACAAAAUUUCUCACAUGCAAAUGAGUCGAGAUUUCAUGACCCUGAGGAGACUUCUGCGGCUACGUCUGAAUCAUGCUCCUUGGUUGCGGAGGAGAAAGCAUGUAGCAGCGACAAUCAAAACUCUUCAAUAACGAAGGGUGGAGAAGUUCAACGGAGGAUUUAUGAGAAACGCUUCAUAGAGGAGAAAAGGAGAAAGCCAUCGGUUUCUUCUGAUGAUGCAAGAUUCAAAAGAGGAGAAAAGCUACAAAAGCAUAAUAUCCACCACACUGAUGGUGUCAAAUAUAUGUCAUACUUGAAGAUAAGCAAAAAGCAGCAUGAACUUGUUAAGAGUAUGAAGCAGUCUGGUAAAAGCAUUCAGUCUAAGUGUCUCAAUCGUGUGUUAGGAAACUUUGAUACACUACAGGUUCAACCAUAUGAAAAAUUUGUGAAAGAGGAACAAAAAAAGUUGCGGGAGCAUUGGUUGCAGUUAGCGAAUAAAGAUCUUCCUGCAGCAUAUGAAAACUGGCAAAACAGACAGUUUCAGAGAUGUGAGAUAGCCAAAUCUUUGGAGUGCGACAUGAAAGACAGACUAGAAUCUUUACUGGAGGAUGGCAAUAAAAUGAAUCACGAGUGUGUGCUUAGGAAUCAAAAUGAACAAGGAGAUAGAGGAUAUGAAUCUGAAGAAGAGGAUGAAGAGGAUUUUUCUGAGGAGACUGUUUGCGAGGAUGAAAAUGAUCAAGGAGCUAGGAAACACGAACCACUUCUUGAGGAUGAAGACAAAUUUAAUGAUGAUGCUGUUUUUGAGGAUCAGUUUGAUCAAGAUUUAAGAAAACAUGAAUCAAGUGCAGAGGAUGAGGAGAAAGAAAGCCAUGGCACAACUUCGCUCGAGGAUCAGAAUGAUGAAAUAAGAAACCAAGACUCUUAUGUGGAAGAUAAUGAAGGUUCUGGUUCUGGAACUUCACAGUAUCAGUCCCCACAGCAUAUUUCUUCCUUCAGCGGUAACAAUGAUCUUAAUCCCGUACAUACAGUACCAGAAAAUGAUCACAUGGCCUGCAAGUCGGACGAUACUUCUCCAAAUGCAUCUGAGUACUCAGGUAAUGCUAAUGCUGCAGAUGCUUCCAUUAAUCCGGGGAUUCCUAUCUCUGCUGGAAGAGAUCUCUGGCCAGCAGUUAGCAUGCCACAUACUUUACAUACUUUUUAUGAUUCAUCUAUAAAUCAUGAAUAUGGAUCAACUGGUGAGUUGUCACUCCCACAUCCAAUUAAUGAAGCUCAACGGCCCCAAUUAAUUGAUUUGGAAUCUGAUGUGCAUGAACAAGACACCAGAAAGAAUUUGUUGCAGAGACAACCUGAUGUUGGUUCCUUCAGUUCGUACCCAAACCAGGAUCGUAGUGGGCUGCUUCAAUCCCUAUUUAAGGGCCAAGAUAUGCUACCCUAUCAUAGUGAACAAAAACAAACCGGAUUAGAUUUCCAGUUACCACAGAAUAUGUUGAUAGAGGAUGGUAAUUUUAAUGGUCAUCUCCAGAGGCAGCUCCAGCCCUCACUGCCACUGGAGCAAGGGCAGAGGAGACACGGUGAGAAUUACAUGCAACAACCUAUGUCAGAGGACAUGUAUUCUGAAGGAGGUGCAUAUUCAAUUCCAAGGCAAGGACAUGAACCGCCAGUUAAUUUACAAGAUUGGCCGGUCAAUCCUGUCCGCAUGUCAGCAGGGCUCCAACCUCAAUUAAAUAAUGAUGCACUGUUAAAUCAGAACUGGUAUUCUGGUGAGCAUCAAGUUCGUGGCGGCUGGAAUAGUACGGAUGGUGCAAGUGUCCCGGGGCAGAGAAUGGGAAGUAAUACGGAUCAGAGCUUAUAUAGUGUUCUAUCCCAGUAUAACCAAUUGCGAAUGAGUAAUCAUUCUAAUUCAAUGGGGCCUACUGAGCAGUUCAUGCUGCCGAGAAACUAUGGAAUGGAAAGUGGUGUUUCUUCUAGGAUAAAUACUUCCUUACCACAAGCAGCACUUUCUAUGGACUAUAUAAAUGGACGUGAUACAACUAGUUCUUUGAUGUCUGAUGAUAUGGGAUGGGUGACUUUGCCUCAGAAUCCAGCUUUACACGAUCCAGUGGGAAAAUCAUACCUGAGGUCAUGGAAUCAAUAAGAAUAUUUUUGUUUUCCUUGUCAGAGAGGUUCGAGUUUAUGAUCUCGGUUGGAAGAUUUAUGACAGGAGAUGUCAUAUGCGUAAUGGAUAAGACUUGAUGACUUGUCAUCUAGAGUAAAUAGAUGUUUUGAGGUUACAGCACAUUUGCAGUUCAUGAAAGAAAAGAAAAAAGAAAAUUACCGAGAUAGGAUUUGUACAUACCUUAUACAAGAGCCAACUGAAAACCAUGUAUAUAUCCAGAUGUUAGGUGGGCAGGUGCAUGCGAAGAUAGGGGAAGGAUCAAAAAGGAUUCUGAUAUCUCUAUUUGGUAGGUGGAUUAUGUAUUACAUUUUUGAUUCGGGUGACAUUUCUUUCUUCAAUUUUCCCUUAUUGACUGAUAAAUUAUCUUUUCAAUAAUUUUGGAGCCUAUAAAUUGUCCUAGGCUCUCUCUUUCUCCC